AUGUUUGCUGAUCACAUGAAAGUUAUAGAUUUUUUGACAAAAUACUUUAGUGAUAACUAUGCUUUUCAUGGGGACAUUCUUUAUUCCUUGCAUAUUCUCAAAUUAUUUAUUUUCAACUGUUUUUCUCAUGAUGAUGAACUUUGCAAAGAAUUGACCGACUCGAUCCCAAUUUUUAAUAAAUACUUUUCAUACUAUAUGGAGAGCAAGCUUUGUUUAUUAGGCACUUGUUUAAGUCCUCAUUACUUGGUUAAUAUAGACUCUCAUACAGAUGGAAUUCAUUCAGAACAAAUUAUAGAUUUGGUGUUGGCUGUAAUUGUAGAAAAGUUUCUUCCUGAUAACUUUAGUGGUUUUCACCAAACUUCCAGUAAUUUUUAUAAAGAUACACAUCUAAAUUCUGAUGCUGUUACUAGUGAUGGUAACACAAAUGUUUUUAAUUCCACUGAUUAUAAUGUAUCUAAUGCUUCUGGUAAUUUGGUUAAUAUUUUUGAUAACGGUUCUGCCAAUAAUGCAGCUGAUGCCUCUGCUAAGGUUUGUGCUGAUAACAAAGCUAAUGCUUCUGCUAACGUUUCUGCUGAUAAUGGCGCUAAUGCCUCUUGUAAUGUUACUGCUGAUAACGCAGCCAAUGCUUCCGGUAAUGUUACCGCUGAUAAUUCAGCCAAUGCUUCUGCUAACAUUUCUGCUGAUAAUGAUGCUAAUGCUUUUGGUAAUGUUACCGCUGAUAACGUAGCCAAUGCUUCUGGUAUCAUUUCUGCGGAUAACGAAGCUAAUGCCUCUUGUAAUGUUACUGCUGAUAACGCAGCCAAUGCUUCCGGUAAGGUUUCUGCUGCUAAUGAUGCUCCAACUUUUGAUACUGAAGAUAAUGCUCCUUUUAAUGUUAUUGCUGAUAAUGCAGCUAAUGAUUCAGAUAAUUUCUCCUCUGAUGAUAAUAAUGUUUCUCAUACUGAAUCUGUCAAUAAUGCCUAUAAAUCAUCCACUUUUUCAGACGAACAACUUUUAGCUAAAUUAAAAACGCAUCUGGAUUCAAUGAAAGAGCACUUAAAGUUGUCUAAUAAUGAUUUGGAUACAGCAAAUGUAAAGUAUACUCAUCCUCAGCAUACAAAAUGUUUGGCUGAUAUUAUUAAAGAUGGUAACUUUUUUACAACACCAGAUGAACCUAGUGAAAAGAGUUUUUUGAGUAUUCUUAGAAAAGAUAUAAAAGAAGGUUUAUUUGUUAUUAAAAAAGAGUUUAAAAGAAAACAUAAUUCCUGUUUUAAAAAAUAUUAUAUUGAACAAAUAAGAAAAUAUGAAAAAGAUGGUAUUAUUGGGCAUAGUGAGAUGUGUAUUUCAACCUUAAUUUCAAACUUCAGAAUAUAUGAUGAGUGUAUACAAGAAGUUAAAGAUCCUAUAUUUAAAGCAAUCUUCCACCUUUUAAAAUCCCUUCCUACCUCCUCAGUUGCUUCCGAAAGAACUUUUUCUCAAUUAGGUAGUAUAUAUUCGGAUCGAAGAGAUAACUUAUCUUCUGAACAUGCCAAAUUAUUAUUAAAGCUUAAACUUUUUGAUAAUAUCAUUCCUGAAGCAAAUUUAAUUGAAUCGUUGGAAAAGAACAGUCCAUUUUAA